GUCAUACACCCUCGGGAGGAGCAGAAACGAAUGGAAAACCUUACUCCGCAGCAAAGAGCGCAGCUGGAAGUCAACCAGUUCAAGGAUUUCAUAGCGACCUACAAUCACGUGACCCAAAACUGUUUCGAGGACUGCGUCAGGGACUUCACCUCGAGGAGAGUCACCAAAGAAGAGAUUGCGUGUUGCGACCACUGUGUGGACAAGUACGUGAAGAUGACCCAGAGAUUAUCUCUGAGAUUGCAGGAGCACUAUCAGCUACAGAACCAAGUGGACCCUUCACAGCAGCAGCCACUUAGUAGGUAGCAGUAUAUUGUCUGUAGUUUGUCAUGCACAUUCUGGUUCUGUAACGUGCUUCUGGGGUUUUGUUGGCAUAAGUUAUUAGAGGAUCUGAUUCUGUAUCAUACAAUGAGUAGAAAAGAAGGUGGCAAAAUUUAAACACAAAUUCACUCAAUUCCAACAUUUCUAAAAUGCUUUACUUGGAGGCGAAAAAAAUUAAAAUGAUUGGAGGAUGAAGUUUUUUCAUUCGCGGUGUGGAGGACCUGACCACUCAGUGUGAGGUGGUGGGCAUCAUCUGGAUUCAAUGUUGGAGAGAGUGAAGGACCAUAGGAGUGAGGAGCGAGGCGGUGUGCAGGAGCUGAGUUGGACUCUGUCUCCCUCACUAUCCAGACACAGUCCACUCCCUCUGUAGACACAUCACACAAGUCACACACUCCUCAAUUCUUUAAUACGGUUUGCAGAAGUUAAUGCAGUGUAAUCAUG